CGUCACUUGUACCGCAGACACACACAUAGCGCCCCGCAUCAAGGGGAUCCCGCGAGGCGUGGUCGUGUGUGCGUACGAGACGAUCGAGUCCAUUUAACAUUCCUUUCAUGGAAGCCGCCGUCCCUGCCUUCUCCGUAAGCCCUCUGGCACACACGAGCCUGACGGCAGGACAAAUCGAUGGGUCCUCCAAGGAAGAGAUGGAAGCGUGUCAUGAAAUUGCCACCAUACUUAUGACCGAAAUCAACUUGUCUGAAGCCAACGCGGCACUACGUGAGGACGUAUUUGGCAUCUGCUUGGACAUUCACUUCCAUGCUCAAGGCUUGGAUUUCGGUCUUCCGGGCAUUGAACAAGUGGAUGUAUCCAUCCGAGUCUUGGGUCACCAUGAAGAAUUCAUUGGCCACCGACGCACUCGACUGCUGCCGACCUUCCCUCCACGUCCCGACGCUGCGACGUUGCGUCGUCGUAACUACUUGACUGAGGGCGGACCCUGCUUUGGAGGUCAUCCCGCGGACAUUGGACGGGUCUUCCGGGAGUCCAAAGCGCAGGGUGUGGCACGUGAGGAACCAUUGCAUCAUGCAAAGCGAUCGCACGGACAUGGAGAUGGCUUGGCCUUUAAAGUCGGGCCAGGUGAGGAAGGAAUACCCCACAUCUGCGAUGAUCGACGUCGAGUUGUACAAGUGCUGGCGCCCGAGCGAGUUGUUGGCAACUUGGUGGCGCCACUUGCGGUUGAUAGCCACGUCCAGAGUCAGCACGGCCAUCAAGCUGACAAACAUCAAAAAGAUCAAGCCAGGGUACCCUCGCAUGAGCACACUGUUGAAAAAGUCGACCGUGAUGCCGUCCAAGAGCUGCGUCGCCGUCGUGAGCGUGGCCACGUCCGAGUUGCCAUAGUCCAUAAAGUUGUUGCGGUACAUGAGGGGGAUGCCGGCCAAGUAGACGUACGCAAUCGUGCUAAAGUUGAAGUACCCGACGACAAAGUUGCGCCCAGUGUACCGCGCCGUGCUGAGGACGUUGGCCAGCACCUUGAUCACCUUGACGAGGAAGCAAUUGAGCCAGACCCACCGAAAAUUCAUGGCUGCGAUGCGCACAAACACCCACCGACUCGUCCACGAAUCGAUCGUUUCGUCGUUCCAUUUGUGCAGCGUGCGCGAGUACAAGUUGCAUGCUUUCUCGUCCAGAAGCACGGCGACGACGUACCCCACGACGAACACGUCGCUGUUGAAGCAAAAGUACGAAAAAUCGACCGACCGGCAUUGAUACCGAUACUGGGCCGGCGCCGCGAUGUACACGAGCUUCUUGUACCACGACGCCAGCGACACACUGUCGGUCCAUCGCACGGUCUUGUGGCUCGUGGCAAAGGCCGCCAGCCCAAACAGGACGCACAGCGCGCGCACGUACAACGACCCGACCGACACCGCCGACCGCGUCAUCAUCAUGCCCAGCACGCGGCUGUGCCCUGCGAUCGCCACGCUGGAAUGCACGACCAACGUGCGGGUCGUCGGACUGAACGACGUUUGCACGGUGCACAAGUCCUGCCCGAGCUCGAUGGUCGGGUCGCAUCCUGUGCAAUACGCUCGCGCGCAGAACCGAUACAUGGACACGUUUGCAAAUGCGACCGACUCGGGCGGGGGCACCUUGACGGGAGUGGUCAGCCGCAUGUCGGCGUCGAUGCGCGACGGCAAGUACCCGAACGAAACGAGAGCAUCGUGGUUGCUUCCGGGAGGAGGAAUCGGUCGCGUUCCCUGGAGCAGGUUCGUCAUGGCGGUGCCUCGCACGUACUCGAUGCCAUCUUGCACCACGCCGAGGCUGACGAGCGACGACGACGUGUUGGCCAGCCGGUACGACUGGACCAACAUGCCGCAAAUGUCGUUGACAGGGCUGUCCACCGUGUACGAGUCGGCCGAGAGCACGUACAUGUUUGAAUCAUGCGCAUGGAUCGUCUGGAGAGUGUAGUUGAUCAUGUAGAGCCCGACGCUCGACACCGAGUCGAGCGACGACCCGUCGGCAAACGUGAACGCGUUGGUCAGAUCUUGCUGCGACGCCACGUUGAGCACGGGGGUCAGCAGCGUGCGCGCGUUCCCAACAAGAUCGUUGAAUUCCCAAUUGUUGACGAUGACGUCGACGAGGACGAGGAAGAGGCACACGGCGGACACAAACAUGCGAAGAGCUGGCAGGCCAUGGGUACACAAAACGUACCCGGCCGACGAGUUUCGUGCCGUUUGGAGAAGCGAUUCCGUUGGCAUGGUUGUUGCUGCGUUGUGCGGAUGAAAUGACGGCGGGACAGUGGUGGCUGGCCAUGGCUAUUCAUAGAUGCCAAUCCAUCCCGCGACAUCGAGCCCGGCACGACAAGAAUAGAUCGACGAGAAUGUUAUCGUGAUGUACGUG